AGCUUGCCUGGCAGAUGGGGAGAGAAGGAUCGGUCGGACUGCAGUUGGUGGAAAAAACAACUAUUUAUCGUAAUUAGAGAGAACAAACGUGAAACGCUCUGUUUUCACAAUAACUAAGCAGCUGUUUAGCACUGCAGAGAAGACAAACAAUGCCCGAAGUCUUUGCACCCACGGACACUUGCAACACACCUCCGUCCCCUGUGGGCAGCAAUCCCAGGAGGCUCUCCUGGGGCAAACUAGUCCAAAGACUGGCUGAUUUCAACACAAGCGGCUCCAGCAUUGAGUCAGGGUCCAGCCAUGGCAGCAGGAGUGAUCUCUCAGAUUCAGGGUCGGAUGCCUCCAGUGACCUUAGUCCCUCUAGCGAUGACCUGUUCUUUGAUCCGAUGGAGGAGACCAUCCUGAAAGAAGUAGUGGACCUUAUUGCACGAAGCCUAAGGGAAGCCAAAAACACAGACUGCACCUUGAGAUGUAACAAACUGCUCAUUCCAGAGAAACUCCUGGAGCACAUUGGACAGGAGCUCCUUCACCUGGCAGCUAGCGAGCCUUGCGGCUUAAGAGGGGCUCUCAUUGACCUUUGCGUAGAGCAAGGGGCCACCUGUGAAAGCAUAGGACAGCUGUCUGUGGACCCCUACCUUGUCCCCACCUUCCAGCUCACUCUGGUCUUGAGGCUUGAGUCGAGUGGCCUGUGGCCUAAACUUCAAGGACUGUUCAUCUCAAAGUCUCCUUCCACGCCUGUAGUCCGACAAGCUAUUAAACUCAGCAUUGGUUUUCGUGUGAUCAAGAAGAAGCUGUACUCUUCUGAAGAGCUGCUCAUUGAGGAAUGUUGAACAGAUUUAAUGUCCGAGCUGACAAUAAAAGCUCACAGAAGGGCCUUUAGGAUUUUAAGUAUGAUGCCUUUUUUUUGAAGCGUAACGAUGGACUUGAUGAUGAUGUAGCCUUUUCUUUCUACUGUAAAGAAGCUGAUGUUUAUGGUACUCUGAGCAGAUACACUGGCUCAGAUUUGAACAUUUCAAACUAUAACCAUUUGUCUUGUUAAUGGGCAUUUUGCAAGUAUUAAAGUGAGUACCUCAGUUUCAUGUGAAACUCUGUAAAGGGCAGCUAGCUGUAUUGUUUUAACUGAAGACCUUUUUUUAUUAUUUUUUAUGCAUAACCAUUUGAAUGUACUCCAUUUGAUCACAUUUUGGAUUCUUGUCACUCCUUGGAAUAAAAGUGCUUGUUUUAAUAUGCAAGGCAUGGCUGAAGUUUCAUGUCACGUUUGGACCUCUUGCAUUUGACUUUUAUUUGAUCAAAUUUUCAUAACAUUGCACAUGUUUUUUGUACUUUUUAUGAUCACAAAUAAAUUGCUCUUUUUUUAAAGAA